AGCUCUUUGAUAAAAGUCUCAUUUUCAUUAUGCUAGGCCUAGGCCGGGUGCAUUUGGCUGGUUAAUGAUUGAUGGGCCGGAAUUUUGAUCAAAAAUAGCUUUACUAUGGGUUUUUUUUUUUCAGAAACCGCACCCUCAGUUGAAUAUUUACUUAUUUAGUUCGUGCUAACAGCUGCUGGUUGUGUUUUAUUUUAGUUCUUAAGCACUGCAUUCACCAGCCAUUCCCAGCCAAGCAGUCCUGGUGUUUAAUAAUAUUAAUACACUGUUCUAGUUGGCAGACCAAGACACAAGAUCCUGAGUUUGAACUUUAAAUUGAUAAUUGCUCAGACAUAAGGUGAAUAUAGAUUUCAGCAUGGCUGACUUUGAAUUUGAUGGGACAGGACUUGCUACAAAUGAAACCAGUGGAAUUUGGACCAAAUUCGGCCUAGUUCUGGGCAUAGGAACUGUCUGCCUGCUGUUUUUCAGACGGUAUUUCCACGGUGCGAAAUGUCAGAGCCUAGCCCAACUGACUGGCAAAACUGUCAUCGUAACGGGGGCCAAUACGGGGAUUGGGAAAGCCACAGCGCUGGACCUGGCCCGUCGACAUGCCCGGGUCAUCCUGGCUUGCAGGGACGUUCAGAAGGCCAAGCAAGCUGCAGACGACAUUCAGCGCUCCACUCACUCCCAGCAGCUCGUGGUCAAGCAUCUGGACCUGGCCUCCUUGAAAUCCAUCAACAAGUUUUGCGAUGACAUCCUCAAGACCGAGCCGCAACUGGACAUUCUCAUCAACAAUGCUGGGGUCUCUGGGCUACCCAAGCUGACCAGGACAGAGGACGGGUUGGAGAUGCAAAUGGGAGUGAAUCACUUUGGACCCUUCCUCCUGACCAAUCGGCUUCUCGGUCUCCUCAAGAAAUCCUCUCCCGGUGCCCGCAUCGCCAUUGUGUCCUCUUCACUGCACCCCAAGGGGAAGAUUGACUUUGCCAAUCUCAACGCGGAGGGGGGCUACAAACAGUUCCAGGCCUACUGCGACAGCAAACUGGCCAAUGUGCUGUUUGGGCAAGAGCUUCACCGUCGUUUGGAGUCGGAGAAAGCGGGUGUGUCUGUCUACACCCUUCAUCCUGGGGUCAUCAACACUGAACUUAACAGGCACAUCAUACAUCCACUUCUCCUGAAGUUCUUUCUCCGUCCACUGCUCGGGCUCUUCUUGAAGACCCCGACCCAGGGAGCUCAGACAACCAUCUAUUGUGCCGUUGCUGGCGAGCUGAAAGGGUUGAGCGGCCGUUACUAUAGCAACUGUAAGGAGGAGCCAUUUCCUGCGGUGGCAUCGCGAGCUGACGAAAGCGUUGCUAAAAAACUGUGGGAAGUUAGUGAAAGGCUUACAGGCCUUAAAGAGGACUAAAGAUGAGUUACAAUACAACACUGCAUGAUCAUGAACUUUUGUAGACAUUACUUAAAAGUAACGGAAGUGUAAGCCCAGAUUUAGAAUCUCAAUUAACUUUAAUUAGUUCUCCCCACUUACCCGUUGACAUCUUUAAGAUUAUUUUUAAUUACUUUGUGGUCCACAUAGACAGUUCUCAGAGAGGACACUCCGUCUCCAAUUGUGUGGUCCCACUGGGCUUAGUCGUAGAACCCAAAACCACAUCCUAGAUUCUUAGUAUUUGCUGUCCUUGGUUUAAUGAACUUACACACAAUCCAUUAUGUUUCAUUUCUGUAUUUAAUCAGCCCCUCUCCUCCUAAGUCUUCACUCUCUCUCUUCUCUCGUCUCUAGUCUUCACUCUCGUUCUGAACUUCCACCAGAACCAACUCUCUGUCAAGUGAUUUUAGUCGGUGAUUUAAAUAAACACACAUAGACCCGUAUGAUCCUUGUCAGGAGUUUUGUUUCUUCAAAUGUUAAAAGUUUCUUCUCUUCAACUUAAUCUUCUGUCUGCUCGGGCUAUACGCGCUACAUGGAGACAUCAUUUUGUAUCCAUCUCUCCUAUUUGAUAGUAACCAAGACUCUAGGACUGGUAUAGUCAGAUACCACCUAUGAACAAAACGCUUGUGUUACAGAAGUAAUAAUAGAAUGCUUGAAAUGUCUCUUUAAGUCCCGAGAGUAGCUUUGUCUGAUUGAUUAUUUUCUAAUGUUACUUCAUGUCAGUUUUGGUUUUGUUUGAGUUAUUUCAGUUUAUGCAGAUGCUUCAGUGUUACAUUUCCUUUUGAAGGAAAAAAAGUUUGCUUUUUUGCUGUAGCCAUUUAUUGCUUUUAUCUGAGCGUGUGUAUCAUUUGUAUACGAAUGUGCCCAAAAGUGCAGCAUUCAGAAAACAAACAAUUUAAUAAAACUGUUUAAUAUUUGUUUUCUUCAAUGAAAUUAUGUAUUACACUAUAGCCUGACUUGUUCUCAAUCCGCUCCUUUUUACCCCAUUCCAUUUGGGUCCCUAGAUCCAGAAUACAAUCAAUUAAGUGACAGGGUGUACUAUGUUUACUUGGGCCACUCUCACCUGGACAUGCUGGAUCUGUGUUGAGCAUUGAAUAGACAUUGAAAUUGGUGGCAUUACAGGCCAGAGUGGCCCGAGUAAAAGUUACACCCUUUCUGGAUCUCAAAUCUAUUUCUGGAACCCAAAUGAAAUGGGGUAAAAACAAGUGGAUUGAGAAAUAGGCUAUAAUAAGGAAAUAAAUGUGUUUAAAUCGGGAGGUAUGAUAAUACACUCUAUUAUCAGUUUAUCACCCAUUCAGACUCCCACCGGUCUUAAACAGCUCGGUUUAAUACCGACCGAACACAUAUUUGUUGCAAGACAUUUUAAAUGCAUGUACAUUGUACUUUAUCCUUCUAAUCACCUGAAAUUUUAUUAAGAUUAUUCAGAGUUCAGAAUUAUAUUCUGACAUUUUACAUUGUGGAAAACCAAUUUAAUUAUCUUGCUAUUGAUUUAUAAGUCUUUUACAAUUCUUGUCAUGAAUCAUGUCAGUUAGUAAUUUUUAAUAAUUUAUGUAAUCUUUUACUCUACAGUGUUAAAACUGUAUUUGUAUUUUUUGUUUUACAAUUUGCACCUCAGCAUGCCAAAUAUUUUUAGAAAAUUUAUAAUCUGCAUGCUUAACUUAAUUGAAAAUUUUGUACAUGUAAUAAAAAAUAAUGAUUUCCACAA